AUGGCGCCGCCUGGCCACCACCCGGUCCAGCCUCACGGCCCAGCCUCGAUGGUGCCCUUGCCGAGCCAGGCCUUGCUUUACGAGGCCACGGAAGACGACCGGCUGUUGCAGUCCAUGGGCCAAGUGCCCGUUUGGAGGCCAGCCCCUCUUCCUCAGACUCAUCCAGCUCAUGGCCCUGCUUUUCUCCAAAGUGAGCGAACGGAGCCUUUCGUGGGCCACCCCCCCCAGUGGCCGGCAGCAGGCGGCCCACUGUCCCACGUGCCAACCAUGUGCGGAAGCCCUCCAUCGCAUCCCUGGAUGGGUGGACAAAGCGCCCCUUCGCCCACGUGGCUGACACCUCCGGAGCUCCCAAUCCCAUGCUUCGCGCCCCAAGAGCUUCCGAAUCCGAACCAAGGACAAGGAGGACCAACGAUUGGCAUGUGGUUUGCGCAGCAGCAGCUGGAGAGCCAUGCUUAUCAUCCCCCACCACAUUCCAUGCCUACGGCAGGUCCGAUGAUGGGCAUGCAGCAGAUGGUCCAGCACCAGCGCGGGAUGGACUUCGCGCACGACGCGGCACCUGCGAUGACAGCACCAGGUCCGAUGAUGGGCAUGCAGCAGAUGGUCCAGCACCAGCGCGGGAUGGACUUCGUGCAUAACGUGGCACCUGCGAUGACAGCACCAGGUCCGAUGAUGGGCACGCAGCAAAUGGUCCAGCACCAGCGCGGGAUGGACUUCACGCACAACGUGGCACCUGCUGCUUCCGGACCCUCACACGGCGGUUCAGUGCCGCUGAUGACUCCCCGACGGGACCCUGCCUCGCUGCCUCGAGAGCCUCUCACCAGCCAAGGUCCUGCUGGUGGCCCAGGUGGUGUCCGAGAUCCGAAUGAUGCCGGGCGCCAGUUGCACGACACCGCUCCAGCGGCCUUCCCGGCACUACACCGCAACGUGGGAAAUCAGAUGACUUGCCCGGGUCCAGGGCAGAGCUCUGACCAGGGCGCUGGGACAAUGGAUUCGUGCCUCCCUUUGCAUAUGCUCAACAGCGCCAUCCGCAAGUUGCCCUGGGAUGCCCUGGCCGCAACGACAGGCCUUUCGCGACCUAUGCGAGUGGCUUCUCCCGAUGGCAGCCCAACGCCCCAGUCACACGACCCCGCCACCUCCGUCAACCACUCCCCCAUGCAGCAAGCUCCUCAACAGAUGCCUCCGGCAGCACGCGAGAUGCCAGGUUUGGAUCCGAUGGCGGCUGCCAGGGAUUCGGUCGGUGGCGCACCGGUCCACUCGCGGUGCAGCGUGGGCCCGCUACUGUGGACCCCGGUGCCCAUUGAGCCACCCAACGCAGGCCAGUAG